CGCGGGGCCGUGGUGUACGUGCAGAGCGCGCAGAGCGAGUGGCGCCCGCAUGCCCUGCGCUCCUUCACAGCCUGGGCCGGGCCGCCCGGGACGCUGAGGCGGCGGCGGCGGCCGAGGGGGCCGGUCUUGCGCUCCCCAGGUCCGCGCGCCUGAGUCCAGGUUGCCAUUCGCCACACAGGCCGCGUUCUCUCAGCCCUCGGCGGCGAUGAGGCGCUGAGGCGGCCGCCGGCGCUGCGCCGGAGCUUAGGACUCGGAAGCGGCCGGGCCGAGGGCGCGGGGUGCCGGCCUCCCUGAGGCGAGGGUAGCGGGUGCAUGGCGCAGUAACGGCCCUAUCUCUCUUCCCGCUCCCCAGCCUCAGGCAAGGCCGUCCGGCCGCCACUCCUCCUGCUCGGCCGCCGCCGUCGCCGUCGCCGCCGCCGCCAUGGCCAAUGACAGCGGCGGGCCCGGCGGGCCGAGCCCGAGCGAGCGAGACCGGCAGUACUGCGAGCUGUGCGGGAAGAUGGAGAACCUGCUGCGCUGCAGCCGUUGCCGCAGCUCCUUCUACUGCUGCAAGGAGCACCAGCGUCAGGACUGGAAGAAGCACAAGCUCGUGUGCCAGGGCAGCGAGGGCGCCGUCGGCCACGGAGUGGGCCCGCACCAGCACUCCGGCCCCGCGCCGCCGGCUGCAGCGCCGCCGUCCAGGGCCGGGGCCCGGGAGCCCAGGAAGGCAGCGGCGCGCCGGGACAACGCCUCCGGGGACGCGGCCAAGGGAAAAGCAAAGGCCAAGCCCCCGGCCGACCCAGCGGCGGCCGCGUCGCCGUCUCGUGCGGCCCCCGGCGGCCAGGGCUCGGCGGUAGCUGCCGAAGCCGAGCUCGGGAAGGAGGAGCCGCCGGCCCGCUCAUCGCUGUUCCAGGAGAAGGCGAACCUGUACCCCCCGUGCAACACGCCCGGGGAUGCGCUGAGCCCCAGCGGCGGCCUGCGGCCCAACGGGCAGACGAAGCCCCUGCCGGCGCUGAAGCUGGCGCUCGAGUACAUCGUGCCGUGCAUGAACAAGCACGGCAUCUGUGUGGUGGACGACUUCCUCGGCAAGGAGACCGGACAGCAGAUCGGCGACGAGGUGCGCGCCCUGCACGACACCGGGAAGUUCACGGACGGGCAGCUGGUCAGCCAGAAAAGUGACUCGUCCAAGGACAUCCGAGGCGAUAAGAUCACCUGGAUCGAGGGCAAGGAGCCCGGCUGCGAAACCAUUGGGCUGCUCAUGAGCAGCAUGGACGACCUGAUCCGCCACUGUAACGGGAAGCUGGGCAGCUACAAAAUCAAUGGCCGGACGAAAGCCAUGGUUGCUUGUUAUCCGGGCAAUGGGACGGGUUAUGUACGUCAUGUUGAUAAUCCAAAUGGAGAUGGAAGAUGUGUGACAUGUAUAUAUUAUCUUAAUAAAGACUGGGAUGCCAAGGUACGCAAUAACUGUUUGGUAUUUUGAUGCAGAUGAGAGAGCACGAGCUAAAGUAAAAUAUCUAACAGGUGAAAAAGGUGUGAGGGUUGAACUCAAUAAACCUUCAGAUUCGGUCGGUAAAGACGUCUUCUAGAGCCUUUGAUCCAGCAAUACCCCACUUCACCUACAAUAAUUGUUAACUAUUUGUUAACUUGUGAAUACGAAUAAAUGGGAUAAAGAAAAAUAGACAACCAGUUCGCAUUUUAAUAAGGAAACAGAAACAACUUUUUGUGUUGCAUCAAACAGAAGAUUUUGACUGCUGUGACUUUGUACUGCAUGAUCAACUUCGAAUCUGUGAUUGCUUACAGGAGGAAGAUAAGCUACUAAUUGAAAGUGGUUUUUACAUCUGGAUAUGAAAUAAGUGCCCUGUGUAGAAUUUUUUUCAUUCUUAAAUUUUGCCAGAUCUGUUAUCUAGCUGAGUUCAUUUCAUCUCUCCCUUUUUUAUAUCAAGUUUGAAUUUGGGAUAAUUUUUCUAUAUUAGGUACAAUUUAUCUAAACUGAAUUGAGAAAAAAUUACAGUAUUAUUCCUCAAAAUAACAUCAAUCUAUUUUUGUAAACCUCUUCAUACUAUUAAAUUUUGCCCUAAAAGACCGCUUAGUGAUUGUUGCCAGUGACUGAUGAUUAAUUUUAUUUUACUUAAAAUAAGAAAAGGAGCACUUUAAUUACAACUGAAAAAUCAGAUUGUUUUGUAGUCCUUCCUAUCUUACACUAAUUUGAACUCUUAAAGAUUGCUGCUUUUUUUGACAUUGUCAAUAACGAAACUUAAUUGUAAAACAGUCACAAUUUACUACCAGUAACUUUUAGUUAAUGUUUUACAGGGAAAAAGACACAGUAAGAAGAGUUUAAAUUUUUUUGUUUUGUUUUGUUUUUUUGAGAUGGUCUUGCUCUGUUACCCAGGCUGGAGUGGAGUGGUGCAUUCUUGGCUCACUGCAACCUCCGCCCCCCAGGUUCAAGCAAUCCUCCCACCUCAGCCUCCCAACUAGCUGGGACUACAGGCACACACCACCGUGCCUAAUUUUUGUGUUUUUAGUAGACACGGGGUUUUGCCAUGUUGCCUAGGCUGGGGUUUAAGUUAAAUUUUUUAAAAAACUAAAGUGACUGGCACUAAGUGAACUUGAGAUUAUCCUCAGCUUCAAGUUCCUAAGAUAAGGGCUUUCUUAAGCUUUCAGGUAUAUGUUUCCUCUAGAUGUAGACAAUAAUGUCCCAUUUCUAAGUGUUUUCCUUUUGCUUCUCCUUAAAUUGAUUGUACUUCCAAAUUUGCUGUUAUGUUUUUUUCCUAAUACUGUGAUCUAUCUGAUAUGCAGACAAGAACCUUGUCUCUGUCGCAGAGCAUCAAGAGGAGAUUAUGUACACAUUGAAACUGAAGUGUGUGUGGUGUUACUGACUUAAUGUGCAGUAACUCCUCAUGUAUCUGUUAAGGCAUUUCCCAGAUGUGAUGCCAGCCUUCUUACCUGUACUGACAGAUGUUUAGCUUAGAAAAGACAAAACAGGUGCAAAAUCAGAUAAUUUUAUUUUGUUUCAUGGGUUUUCUUACUUUUUAAACAAGGAAGGAAUAUUACAAAAUCACACAAGGCCUCCCAUACUUGUUAUUUAAAGAAUGAAUUGGGACGGAUGUCUUAGACUUCACUCUCCUAGGCUUUUUAGCAAAACCUAAAGGGUGGUAUCCAUAUUUUGCAUGAAUUAUGGGUGUAAGACCUUGCCCACUUAGGUUUUCUAUCUCUGUCCUUGAUCUUCUUUGCCAAAAUGUGAGUAUACAGAAAUUUUCUGUAUAUUUCAACUUCAGACAUUUUUAGCUUCUGUAUAGUUUGUAUUCAAUUAGAGACCUUUUCUAUGGCAAGCUCAGUAAUUUUUAUUACAAGAUUGCCAUUGCUAUUCAUGUAAAACAUGAAAAAAAAAUUGUGUAGUGAAGCCAACAGUGUGGACUUAGGGUGGGAUUGAACGUUCAGUAUAGUGAUUUCACUUAGGAGAAUUUGCAGGAGAAAGUGAUAGUUUCUUCUUGUUUUUUCCUCGCCCAUAUUCAGUUUUGUUCUACUUCCUCCCCUUCCUUCCAGAUGAUAACAUCACAUCUCUACAGUAAGUGCCUCUGCCAGCCCAACCCAGGAGUGCAAGUUGUCUUUGCCAUCUGGUCUAUAGUACAGUGCGCGGCGUUAGGCCACAACUCAAAAGCAUUAUCUUUUUUAGGGUUAGUAGAAAUUGUUUUAUGUUGAUGGGAGGUUUGUUUGAUUGUCAAGAUGUACAGCCACAGCCUUUUAAUUUGGGAGCCCCUGUUGUCAUUCAAAUGUGUACCUCUACAGUUGUAAAAAGUAUCAGAUUCUACUAUCUGUGGGUUGUGCUUGCCAGACAGGUCUUAAAUUGUAUAUUUUUUGGAAAAGUUUAUAUACUGUCUUAGAAAUCAUUGUGAAAAGAUCAAGAAAUCAGGACGUCCAUUUCUUUAAUAUCCAUUCAUUUCAUGUUAGUGGGACUAUUAACUUGUCACCAAGCAGGACUCUAUUUCAAACAAAAUUUAAAACUGUUUGUGGCCUAUAUGUGUUUAAUCCUGGUUAAAGAUAAAGCUUCAUAAUGCUGUUUUUAUUCAACACAUUAACCAGCUGUAAAACACAGACCUUUAUCAAUAGUAGGCAAAGAUUUUCAGGAUUCAUAUACAGAUAGACUAUAAAGUCAUGUCAUUUGAAAAGCAGUGUUUCAUUAUGAAAGAGCUCUCGAGUUGCUUGUAAAGCUAAUCUAAUUAAAAAGAUGUAUAAAUGUUCUUGAAAACAUUA